AUGCUAUGGGACUUGUGUAAACAGAUUUGUGUCCCCACAACAUUAGUAAGGCAGAUACACACACACAGAAAAAGUCUUGCCUGUUGUUGGUUUCUAAAAGUGAUCUUUUUGUUCUUUCUGACAGUCCUGUUGAACUUUCUUUCCAAACUUGGCCUGGAAACAUUUUAUCCCAACAAGCUCACUCUUCAGUCUCUCUUGGAGAUCAACAAAAACAGCAUAUCUGAUGAACCUGCUCAAACAGUACAGGACAUCCCAUGGUGUUUUCUAAGAAAACUGUUUAAAAUCAAUGCUGAAUGCAGGCAUUGUAACCAGUUAUCAACCAAUUAUGGGGAAAGCAAUGAAGAUGACUUUGACAUGUCCAGUAGAGAAAAUUAUACAAACAAAAAGAUUAACCCUCUGGAUCUCAUAGUUGCACUCUUCCUUUGUGCUGACAGCUUCUUGCAACAGCAAAUGGCCCUCAAGAUGUCAAUGUGCCAGUUUCCUGUUCCACUGCUGUUGCCCCAUGGUAAAAGGAGUCAGUGUACUCUGAUGCUGUGGGCUCUGAGAGACAUUGUCAAAGAGUGGCGUCCAAUUCAUUUGGCUGAAGAAAAAGGGUUUGUUGAAGAAAACCUUGUCCAAGCAGAUACACCUUUUUUUUCCUUUGUGAGGCUGAAGAACUGCAGUUUAUCCAAGUCCCAGAUUAUGAAUCAUGUUCUCAGCCAUGGCCAACAGAAUCACAGUAUCUUCAUACAAAGAGAAAUGGAAGGAGGAACAAUUAAAAGAAAAAUAGCCAAUGGAUUGGUGGAGGUUUGCUGGUACCUUCCUUGUGGCAGAGGAAAUCUUGACAUUUUUCCAAAGCCAAUUGCCUUUGCCAAUCUGAGAGGAGACAUCAAUGAGUCAAUCACACAAUUCAACUUUCUUUUUCAAGUGUCUACUGCUACAUUUGUGUUUCUGGACAAAGUUGAAGAAGAUGAGCACAGGAUUCUGACUUCUCUUCGAGAUGAUGUGAAAUCCAAACUCUUCUUAGUUGUUAAUUGCAAGGAAGGGACUGCUAAAGAGGAAAUGACGUCUGUUGAGACAAUAAAGAAGAGAUUAGAUUUACCAAAGACCAGUGUUAAAACUAAGGUUUCAAGUGAAAAUGGAGCAGAGUUCUCACAAAAAAUUUGUGCAACUAUCAAGAAAUCCCUGACUGACAAAACAGACAGAACAAAUAUAGAACAAAUGCUUAGCCGAGCUGUUGAACUUGGUCUGUCUGUGGAUGAAUGCAGAAGUGAAAACCAAAAUAAGGUAGCUGAUGAAAUCUUAAAAGGAAUAGAGCGGAAAAGUAUUCAAGAAUACAAGAAACAAGAACUUCCUUUGCAGGGAGAAAACUGGAAAAAGCUAUCAAAGUUAGAAAAGGAAGAGUGUACACUGACAAAAUCUGGUGGGAAAGAUCCGGAAAAGUAUAAAUCUCAGCUACAGGAAGAACAAAAACAAAUCAGGAUGGAGCAAAGUAAAUACAAACUGACCAAAGGAAUGGAGACUUUUAUUCUAUAUGUAUCUGCAAAUGACAAAGAAAAAAGAGAUUUUUUUCUCAAGUGGAUGAAACUCAAGCUUGAUACAUGUUCACGGAAAAAACUGUCCAAUCUGCGUGAUAAAUUCAAAGAGCAAUGCAAGAAGAAAGAUACAAAACUCAUUAAAGAGUUAGACCAAGCUUUGCUGGAUGGCUCAUUAGGAAUAGAGCAUUACAUGAGAGAGAUGGGACUGAUCUAUGAGUUUUCCUUGCAGUUGCAAAACACUGCAGAUCAAAUAGCUUGUCUUCCUGGUUUGGCUGCUGAAAUGUUGUUGGAUGGAUAUCCUUUAGAGCUCUUGGAUGGAGAUGCUUCCAACAUCCCAGAGAGGUGGGUGACAGAUGUGCUGACUGAGCUUCACAACAAGGUUGGACAGAAGAGCAGACUGUUGGUACUGACUGUGUUGGGUGUUCAAAGUAGCGGAAAGUCAACACUCCUCAACACAAUGUUUGGUGUGCAGUUUCCUGUCAGCAGCGGCAGAUGCACAAGAGGAGCUUUCAUGCUCUUCCUCAAAGUUGGAGAGGAUAUGCAAAGUGAUAUGAACUGUGACUUUAUAGUUCUCAUUGACACAGAGGGUCUUAAGUCCCCUGAUUUAGCUCAUUUAGAGGACAGUUAUGAGCAUGACAACCAGCUGGCAACCUUUGUCAUUGGCUUGAGUGAUGUCACAAUUAUCAACAUUGCAAUGGAAAACUCGACCGAGAUGAAAGAUGUCCUGCAAAUCGCAACUCAUGCAUUCUUGAGAAUGAAGCAAAUUGGUAAAAAGCCAGUUUGUCAUUUUGUUCACCAGAAUGUUGGUGCAGUUGCAGCUCAUGCCAAGAACAUGAAUGAGAGAAAACAUCUUUUGGACCAACUCAAUGAAAUGACUCAACUUGCAGCUGAAAUGGAAAAGCAGUCUGGUAUUAAAGCAUUCACAGAUGUGCUGGAAUAUGACAUAGAUAAAAACAACUGGAACAUCCCAGGACUCUGGCAUGGAACCCCACCAAUGGCAUCAGUGAACAUAGGUUACAGUGAAGCUGUGGCAGAUUUCAAGAAAAAUCUUUUGGAACGUGACAUGAGAGAUGAAUUCUCAAAGAUCCCAGAGUUUCUAGAAUGGAUGAGAAGUCUCUGGAAAGCAGUGAAAUAUGAGAACUUCAUUUUUAGCUUCAGAAACACUCUUGCAGCUCAUGCCUAUAACAACUUGAACAAAGAGUACAAUCAGUGGGAAUGGGAGUUCAGAAAAGAAAUUCUCUCCUGGCAGACAGAAGCAGAGUUAGAAAUAAAAAAUGCUGACAAUGAAUCUCAGCUAGAAACCUGGAACAGACUGGUUGAAAAAAAAAAAUCAGAAGUGUCAAAGAAAAUAAAAGACCGACAAGCAACAAUGAUGAAGACACUCUCUGACUACUACAAAAAGAAAGACAGACACGUAAAUCUGAUAGAGAAAUACAAGGGUGACUUUAUCAAUAAUAUUAACAGCCUUGCAAAUGAAAUUAAACACUCUGUGUGUACUAUAUUGGACUGCACCCUUGAACUAAAAAUAAGUACAAAAAAGGCUCAGGACAUUCAGAGAGGAUACAGAAGUGUGAUUGAAGAACGAGUCAUGAAGCUUCUGCGUGACUGCAAAGAGUCCAAACUGUCCGAUGAACAGCUGACACAUGAGUUUGAAAAGAUGUGGGCUGAAGCCACCAUAAAUGUGUCUGCUCAGAAGGAGAAAGAUAUUGCAGCAUGUGUCCGGGAGCAGUUGAGAAAAAAUUUCUCAAACCUGAAUGUCAAUGAGCAAUUGCAGAAUAUUGGAGACCUAAAGAAAAUCGGGAGGGAUCAAUUUAAAACCAAAAGAGACCAUGCAGAGACCUUAAUGGAGAAGUUACAAAAUAUGUGGAAAGGAGAUUUGCAGAGUUUUGCCGACAGUGUCAUUGAGUCCUGCACACAGUUUAUAGAUGAUAAAGUAAAGACAAAUGGAGAUUAUCAUGACUCUUUCACAAAGGAUCUUCUAGAAAAAAUUGAUACAUCUCUAAGUCCAAGUAACAACCGUCACAAAACAACUACACAGUUUGAGAUCGACCUGAAACUUCACAUCUGUGGCAUUGCCUCAAGGAAGUUUCUUCAAAUGCACAGGAAAUUCUUGUCAGACAAUGACCCUCGAACUCAGCUGGAGAAGUACAAGAGUCAGUACCUGUCAGAUUUUCUUGAUUUAUAUAAAGAGACAGAUCACUGCCAGCGAAAAGCUACUGAUUUUUCCAGAUUUUGUAUCAAGCCUGCUGUGGAAGAGUACAUCAAUAGGUCUCUAGGAGUAGAUAUUGUGGAUGAAAUUUUAACAAGUAGCCAUUCAGCAGAGUACAGCUCACGUUCAUUUUUCCAGUACAGCAUUCUGAAAGAGUUGCUGGAAAAGGAAGACUUCAAGAGUUUUGUCAAGUACAUUGGUAACUAUGAAAUAUAUGUUAAGAAUUUGAUAUUUCAACACAUUCUGCAAAAAAUGUCAAAGGACAACACUUUGUGCAAACUGAAGAACAAGAAUCUGCAGGUCAUACUCCAGAAAAUAACAAGAGCAAUAAAACAGGCCUCAAAAGGAGUAGAUGGUGUUCUGCUGCCAGAUAACAAGGAAAGCAUUACAAAGCUCAUAAACAACAUGCGCAAAUAUUUGAUUAAAGACAUCUCAAUUUCAGUAGAGGAUACUGAAACCACCCUGUUUCAAAUCCAAAGCACAUGUCAUAAAUUUAUCAACAGCCUCAAGAUCUCAAUAAAGGACUUAAAAUACCUGCUUCAUGAGGAAUUCUCAAAUUCUGAAAACAUCACUGAGACUCUGAAGAAGCUUCCUGUCAAACCACAGGAUGAGCUUUUCAAGCAGGUGUUUGGUUGUGGACACCAGUGUCCAUUUUGUAAAGUUCCCUGUGAGGCUGGAGGCAAGGAACACAAGCAACAUCAUGCAGCUGUGCAUCGGCCUCAAGGUCUUGGUCGGUAUAGGUAUAGAGACACUGACAAGCUUGUUGCAACACUGUGUACAACUGAUGUGCACAGUGAAGGUCGUUUCAGAAACACAGACACCCGUGGGGAGUGGCAUCCUUACAAGGACUACACCACAUACUACCCAGACUGGCACAUUCCUCCAGACAACACCAUAGAGGCAUCUGACUACUGGAAGUAUGUCCUGGUGCAAUACAAUGACAGAUUUGCUCAAGAAUAUAAAGCCUUGCCAGCUGAUGUUCCAGAGGCCUGGAGGAAAAUCACAAAGGAACAAGCACUGAACGGUUUGAAAGAUGCCUUCAACAUAAAGUGAACAAUGCACAAUCGUGACAAAUAUCUUUCAACAGAACAACAUUUCAACAUCCCAUAAUUUUUCAUAUACAAAUGUAAACUUCGCAGAAGACCAAACGAAUACAGGAACUGAACGCGAUAGUGCAUUCUUCUGAACAAUCAAACAAAUAAAAUAAAGACCAACACCAUUAAAAAAAAAUUCUUCAACCUAAUACCCCAUAGUUAAAAACAAGUCAAAUCUUUAGAAAUCAGUGCAUGAAAUGAUGACAGCAUAAAUAUUUUUUUGUUUUCUUUUUUGAUUGAUUGUUUGUUUCAUUAUUAUUAAAAUGUUUUUCUUUUUUUUGCUGUUUUGUUUAAGAAACUAACUUUGUGGUUCAAUUUCAAAAAAAGAUUAAACCAGUUUGUGACAGUGAAAACUGCAGCCUCCUUUGGUCUGUUGAACAUGACUAACGGCAAAUGAUGAGUUGAAAAGCUGCAAAUAGUUGUGUUUGACUUUCAGACAUUUUCUGGGUUUGUUUUUUUUUAUAGUUCAUAGAUGUUUUGUUUUCUUUUUCAAUUGUCUGUAGGCCCUCCGGCAUAAUGACUGGUGUGCAUGAUAAUCACAUUGACAACGAUAAUCAUAAAGUAAAUGAUAAUAUACUAAAAACAUCAUGUAAAAAACAGAUCAUGUUUUGUUUAGUUUUUUUCUUUUUACAUUAAUAUUUUAACUUUUUUUUCUUUGCUCAAGUUUCUAAAGUCCAACAAUUAUGAUCUCGACAAUGAAAAUUUUAAUGUUGUGUUUCAAGUACUACAGGAAAAAAGAGAUCACGUUUUGAACUAUUUCGUUUUUUUUUUAUAAUUACAAGUUUCAUUUUUUUUCAAGUUGCUAUAUGCCUGUGUAUAUAAUUACUGGUCUGCAACAAUUAUGACGCUGACUAUGAAAAUGAUAAUAUUGUGUUUCAAGUACCACAUGAAAAUAAGAGAUUGUGUUUUGUAAUAUUUCUUUUAUUUUUUCAUGAUUACAACUUUUUUUCUUAUUUUUCUUUGUUCAUAUUUUUUAUGGCACGAUAAUGCUGAUGAUGAUAAUGAAGAUUUACUACAAAGACGAUGUGAAAAAAGAGAUGCUUUGUAGUGGAUAUGCCAGAUUGGUUCAUCUGUCUUGUUUGUUUUAAUCUUUUAAGAUAAUAUUGCUAUAACUAUUGACUAUUGUGCAUAAAUGAAAAUGAUGCAGGCCCAUUAAGUAAAAUGACCGUCUGAUGAGAUAUUUUGUAAUAUGUAUUUCUACUUACUACUACUAUUACUUUACCUCUACUUUUUUAUUAGUUUUAUUUUAUAUUUGCCUGUUAUUAAAUGAGAGUAAUUAAUAUGUGCUCGCAGGGUAAAAAGUCAGCAUUAGUUGAAAUGUCUACAUGUUCAUGCACACACUAUGGCAUCCUUUCAUGUGUUGUUAAUGAUUAACGUGAUUUUCAUUCUUUUAGACAGACCAUGUGUUGAAUAACAAACAAAGUAAAAAGUUGGAAAUGUUUUGUUAUCCUUGAUCUAUUGUUUUUUGUUGUUUUUUGGUUAUUACAAAAGUUUUUGUGUCAUUCUUGCUACACAGCCCUGUACAAAAUAACGAGUACUAAAGAUAGUGAUGCUUAUGCUGUUGAUGAUGUUGAAGUAUACAGGCCAUUUCAAACAGAACAUUGUUACUGUUUUAUUUCUAAUUGGUACAUGCCACUCUGCCAUCUUAUAAUGUGUAUUUGAUAAACGUCAGUGAAUAAGAAAAGUAUAUGUUAUAGUAAUUUACUUUGUUGCUCAUGUUUAAAUAUUGACUAAUUAAUCCAAUGGCAGGGAAUACUGUGACAUCUGAUUGGCAACUGGGUUUUUCAGACUGAUGACUUAAACAAGUUACAAAGAAGAUGAAAAGCUGUUGUUAACAAUUUCUGUGUUUGACCUUUCUUGAUUUUUUCACUAUUUUUUUUUGUUGAUAUACAUUACAGAUAUGUGCAUAAUGAUGAGUGGUGAUUAUGAUGUUGAUCAAAAAAAAUCAUGUAAAAAAAUAUGUUAUGUAAU